UAUAUACAUUUGGCUUCCGCAACAAAAGCUUGCUCAUAGCAUUGUUUCAAGCAGUUGUAGCAGCUUUUAGGAAAAGAAACACCAGUCUUGCAUUGGCUGAUUGUGAUUACUACCAUCAUCGGCAACUUGAAACAGUGCUCGUGGCACCGUCAAGUGACUUCAGGUCAGUGCCUCCAUCUUUUCCUUAAUGUCAAUAUUCCUCAACUUUGCCAUUCACUUUGUGUAAAGCAAUAAACUAUGAUUUGAAGUGUCUAUGAUCUAUUAAUCACACUACUACAGCUAUAAUACUCCUGUCACAAACUCUUUCACCCUUUCCGAUGCUAAAUGAUAUUGCAUGUUAUAGAUGUUUAAAUAGAGCUUGCAUGAUUCAAGAUCCUCAAAGAGAGUUGAAUCCUGAUGGAUCAGCUUCAAAUCCGUGGAGUCUCUGCACUGUCGAACUAGUGGAAUCAUUGAAGGCUCUUUUCAGAAUAUUUCCCAUGUGGUCCAGCGGUAUUAUGAUCUUUGUGACCAUAGGUCAAUUUGCAUUUUCCAUACUUCAAACAAAGACCAUGGAUAGACAUAUCUUCCCUCAGUUCGAAGUACCAGCAGCAUCAUUUUCUACGUUCCUGAUUAUUGCUUCAACAAUCUGGCUUAUCUUGUAUGAUCGCAUUUUGGUCCCUUUACUAUCAAAAUAUACAGGACAGCGAGAAGGGCUAAGUCCUAUCACCCGAAUGGGGUUUGGCUUAGUUAUCUCCUGUAUGUCUAUGGCAUUGUCAGCAAUAACAGAAAGCAUAAGACGACAAAGGGCAAUAGAGCAAGGGCUUGAGGACGACCCAAAAGCUUUAGUGAACAUGUCAGCUAUGUGGUUCGUCCCACAAUAUGCACUACUCGGAGUGGCUGAGGCUGCCCAUGCAGUUGGACAGAUAGAGUUCUACUACUCUAUCUUACCCAAGAGCAUGGCCAGCAUUGCACCAGCUAUGUACACAAUUGGGACUGCUGUUUUGGGUUUGGUUGAAAGUAUUCUGGUGAGUGGGGUGGAUUGGCUUAUAUCAACCGGAGGUAAAACGAGCUGGCUUUCGAGCAACAUAAAUAGGGGCCACCUGGAUUACUAUUUCUGGCUACUUACCUUUAUGAGUGUGAUCAACUUCAAGAUAAUGAUGGUAUGUUGUACUGCUUUGCUGAACAAUGGACCUAGAAAUGAUGGGAGCAAUAGGUUAUCUCAUGAGGCAGAAGGGAAACAAUGUGAUUAUAGGCUUUUACCUGAAUCUUGAUGGUAUGUUGUACUGCUUUGCUGAACAAUGGACUACUAUGUUAGCCAAUUAAGUGUUUUUAUAUGUUCAGAGUCUAUAGACCUCUACAUUUCUUCAUGUAUUUUAUGACUUUCCUGUACAAAAAUGUGAACAUGGGUUUUUGAUUCUCAGUUUAGUACAUUGUCGUUUGCAAUGGAGGCUUGAGUGUAUGGGGUAAAAUUGGUUAGUGACAGCUGGGCGAAUGACGGAAUGUCGCGUGGAAAUAAAGACAGGUGGGAUGUGAGUCAGCAAACAGCUGACACCGAAUGUAAGCAUACGACCGGUGCUGAACGAAUCCCGAAGACAGAGUAGCUGGUAACAAAGAUUCAAAGAAUUGCCAUCGGAUACAAUUUAACGGGCAGCCAUUACAGAGAAUUUCUGCAUUUAUAGCCAACCGUUAUGCAUCCAUCAAGGAAGGUUUUAUUCUCAUUCAAGAGGAGCUUGAUUUGGGGAUCUUGUCUCCCUGAAUAGAGCUAUAAUAGGAGGAUUAAUAUCCAUUGUAGAUACGAAAUACUCUGCAUACAAAAAAGUUAUAAUCUACUUUCUUCUUACGCUCAAUCGUAGUGCUUGAACAUUGCUCUCACACUUGCCAUCAGAAAGGCUGAGUUUUUAAUCAGGCUUGUAAUUUUCUUUAAUUUCAUUCGAUAAUCUUAUUUCUAUUCUUAUUUAUUUAA